AUGAUUACACAUGGCGCAGUAAGGCAACGACUGACAUCACUCACAAAUGCUAAUCAACCUAAUGGAAGGCGACACGAUAACCACGAACACUCUCAUCUCGUCGAUAAAAAAUUCAACACCGACGGCAAACAACACGGCACGAUAAAGGCGUUACUGAAAAACUUCAUCCUACCUGAAACAGAGAUGGCUAUUAAGGAAAAUCAAAGUAACAGCAACAAAUGUAUUUAUUCAGUACCUGCUAAACCACCUCUGCCAACAUUUACGGAAAGAAUGAAGUCCCUACAAGACGCGAAACAGGCGUUUUUAAAUUCAACCGUCAGUUCUACUACACCGCCUCUUAGUCAUGAAACUAGCAAGGAUAAUCACACCGUUCAUUACGCACAGAUAGCUAUAACCACAGACAGUGAAGAUACGAGGAGCACAGGUGGAGGCAAAAACAUGAAACAUUCAUGCGCCACCAACAACAAAGAAUACAGCAUUCCAAUUAAUGUAUCACCGAGUAUUAAGAAAACAGUAGAACAGCAUCAAAGAAAAGUUAGCUUUAAGAUUAAAAACGCCACGACAUCACACAAACGACCACCGUUAGCCAAAACAAUGACGAUAACAAGCAGUAAAGUUGCAGAACUCACAAAGAAAUUUAACAACUUACAAACUGACACACACAAUGUUGCCUCGCCGAAACAGUCCAAACUAGUAAAGACCUUAGAGGAAUUGCAGUCAGCGUCACGAUGUUCCGCUAGCAACAGUUCCACACCCUCAUCAACGCUCAGUUCAAGUCCAAAUAUAAAAAUAGUACUACGACAAAGACGGAGCUCGAAAAAGCGCCACAACAGAAAAAGAUGUUCAAGCAUGGAUUCAAUGGAAGACUUAACAAAUGCAGAUAGUUCAAAUAAAAUUCGUGUUAUUCGUUCUAAAUCUGAUGGUACCAAAAUGGCAAAAGCUUCAAAGAAGCGUUUAAAGUACCAAGAUUCAAGCGAACAACCGAGUGGAUCUGAUUCUGUUGAUGGCAGUCCAGUCAAAAUUAAAGAAGUGGAAUCAAAGAAAGUAAUCAAAGAUAAUAUCAAACCGGCGCAAAAUGAACCACACGAAGUUAUACCAGAAUCUCAAGUUGAAACGAAUGAAUCUCGAAUAAAUAUCUCAACACAUGAGCAGAAACCUGAAACUGACAUGGACUUUGAAAGCAAUCUCGUUGAAGCCUGCAACAAAGAAAUCAUCAUCGGCUAUACAUCGAAACCAAAACAAGAAGAAAUAGAGGAUUAUUACGAACCUCUAGAACCGAGAGACGAAGAAAAUGUCGUGAUCAUUCCAAUAAAAAAUGUAGAUAGGUCUUCUAAAAUAAAUUGUCCUUUACCGGAAAUUCCUAAGACCGAAAAUGAUAAACAUGAAGAAGAUAAGUGUACAGACAAAGAAAACAUUUACCAAUGUUUACUUGAAAUGAGAUCACAUCCUGAAGGUGAUGAAAGUAGUCUACAUAACUAUGAACUGUGUGAAAACGAACUUGAGGAGAGAACGAGAGGCGAUGGUGAUAGUGACGAUGGGUAUGAAUACUGCAAAUCUCCCAUUAAACCAUAUUGUGUAACUUCAAGCGCUGGUAUCCAAAUAGCUGAGGGUAUCAACCAAGCAAAAACUACGCAAUUUCAAAGUCGAUCAGAGAGGAUUUACGAGAAAAUUCCUGCUCGACCGCCGAAGUCAAAGGACAGUAGUCCCACGUACAGUAGUCGACAUUCCUUUAUUUCCGACUACACGGUGUAUAACGAGAACGAAAAUAUAUAUGACACGAUAAAACAUGGCGACGCGGCGUCGCUGUCGCAUUGCUACGAGAGCAUACCUAACAGCCCGAGUAUGGUAAAGCUUAGGGGUAUGAAGAAGCAGGUACCCUCGAACGUCCAGAAGCGUCUCUCGUUUGACACGGUGUCGAAUAUCAGCCAGUCGACGAUGUCUAGUGAGCAGAAGACUAACAGCCUGUACGGCCAGAGGUCGGUAAUCAGCUACAACGGACAGGAGAUCGCGUUCCAAGUCCCGAGCAGCGAGACCAGUGUCAGUGACAGAAGCGAUCGCAGCGACGACUGGGUAGAUGUAUCGGACGAAGAAAAAAAUGAACAAAAAAUCAUUAUCGUACGCGAAAGAAGUCGGGGCAGGAAGAGCCCAAUCAGCUGGUCGCAGAAAGUCAGACAUCAGUGGCAGAAAUCACCAAAACCCAGCAGUAAUGAAGUGUUCGUAACGUCACCGACUAAGGUGUACAUCGACACGAGUGCCAAGUGCUCGUACUACAGCCAGAACGAUGAGCGCACGCGCAGGCCGCGAGAUGACCUGGGGGACCGGGUGCGGCUCAUCGACGUGCUGGAGCGGACCUGCCGACUCGACCUCAGGACUGUGCUGCAAGAUGGAGAAUUCGAAAUACAAGACCUCAUCGCAUUUUUCGAAUGUGACAGCAGCGACUCGGGUCACCUGUACGAGUCGCUGGAGCCUGCGCCCACGCAGACACACCCCCCACACGCCCCCCCUCCCAUACCAAUAGAGGAAGACUUCGACUCUUUCGACAGUGACAGCGAUACAGAUGACCACGAUAAGACGAUAUCGUAUCAUUUUAUCUACCGAUAUCUUGGAGAUGUGGUACUGACCCACUUUCGUCUUUUGAAAGUAACUAACCAAGACAUUGUGCUUACAGUUGCGAUGGACGGCAAACCGUUUACUAAAUCCCCGAGCAAUCCAACGAACAUCUACGACACAGCGAAGAAGAAGACUCCAACCCCAAUCUACGCCAACUGUGAGAAACAGGACCCCGUGUACACAAAUAUCAACUUCAAGGACACCCGGCUUGUACAAAAUAAGACUGAAAUUCCCUUGGCAAAGGUAUACGGGUCGUUGAAGGAAGAAUUGAAGACUGUUAUUUCAGAUAAGAGAGCGAGUUAUGGAGAUGUACCUCCUCCGUUGCCGGAUAAACCUCCGCCUGAGAAACCUGUGACUCCCACAGUCCCGACGAAUGAGACAAUAAAGAAGGACAGUGGGACUUUAUCCAGGAAAGCGUACUUUUCCUUCAAGUCCCGGUUCAGACGCGCCACCUCGUUGGCUGUGGAUAUUAACUCCGAAGUGCCCAGCGCCCUGAAAAUCACCAACUCCACCUUCUACCUGACUGACUCUAUGGAUGGUGACUCUGGAUUUAGCAACUGCAGUGACAACGGGCAGCCAGGUAGUACGGAGACGCUGUCACCAGAGAGCGGCCCGCGGCGACGCGACGGUAGGCGAAGGCUGGCGGACUCCAGCCCCUGCCUGUGUCCAGUGCGGCCCGCACUACCACCGCCCCCUCCCCCGCCCGCCGCCACUACCACCCCUGCCACCACCGUCACCCCUGCCACCCCCACCCUGGCCCCGCCGAGCCCGCCCACCCCGCCCGGCGCGCCGUCACCGCCUGGGACUGACUUUAGCGCUGUCAACGAAGAACUGAAGCGGCUGCUGCCGACGUUGUCGCGCAAGGACAAAAGCCCGCGGGCGCGGACGUCGUGGUACGCGGAGUGCGGCGCAGAUACCACUCCCAACACUACGCCCAUCACUACGCCUAACACCUCCAACACUUCCUGGUACGCAGAAGCCGGUCUGUACCAAGCCGGCAACAUCUCCUCGUCCUCGGGAGCAUCGUCAGGCUCCCACCCAGCCAGUCCACUGCCCCACUCUCUGUUCACACACGAGCCGCUCUACCAAUUCUACAACGCUGCUAAGGUCGAGUCUGUGUGUCGUGAUACCGGAGACUCAGACUCGGACGCGUACGAGGCAGGGUCGCAGCGCAGUGCUGCCACCUCCGGGAGUGAGACGCCCGCGCGCCCCUCCGCCAUGGCACUAGUGGCGCCGCGCGGGCCCUCCCGCACUCUCUGGUGUUCCCUAGCUCCAGCACAGAAGCGUCUCCAAGAAGCGAAGUUCGAGCUGCUUACUUCAGAAGCGUCGUACCUGAAUUCCCUGAACGUGUUGGAAGCCAACUUCAUAGCGCACCCCGCCUUCAGAGACCCACACGUGCUGCCCAGACAUGAGUGGGAGACGCUGUUCGCUACUAUAUUGCCGGUCCGCAAAUGCUCCCAGCUACUGAUGACGGAGCUGGAGAAGUGUUGGCAGGAGAACAUCCUGCUGCAAGGGAUCUGUGACAUCGUGCGGCAACACGCCGAGCUACACUUCAGCGUGUACGUGAAGUACUGCGAGAACCAGGCACUCAUGGUCAAGGCGCUGCAGCGGCUGCAGGCCAGGCCGGCCUUCGUCGCCGCGCUUAAGAAACCUGUCCGCUGGCUAGUCCGAUCUGGUGAGAUGACGCAGUUGAUCUGGAAGUCUGACGAGCUGAAGCUGACCUUCGGGAAGAAGUUCCACAAGGUGCCGCUACAUCUGUUCCUCUUCAACGAUCUCCUCGUCAUUGCCAAGAAGAAGGGUGAGACGGAGUGGUCUCGUUGGGCCGAAGCCCUACAGCCUCCGACGGCGACUUCUGAGGGCGAAGCUGUUUACGCAGGCUGGGACUGUCCACAAGUAUGCGCUCUGUAUGCAUAUGCGCCUGCGCAACCUGAUGAACUGCCCCUAGCUGAAGGAGAUGUCGUUAAUGUUACUAGAAGACUAGUGAAGGUUGGUACUACGGCGAGCGCACCCGCGACGGCGAGUCAGGCUGGUUCCCGGGCGCCUACACGGCGGAGAUCGCGUCCCCGCACGUGCGCGCGCGCAACCUGCGCCAGCGGUACCGGCUCCUCGCGCUGUCCGGGACAUACCGCGGACACAAGAAGCGGAACCUGUGACCGCCUCACACUGUAUCUACAUACAUACACGUCCCUGUGA